GCAGAAGUCGCUGCCUCUGCGUUUGUAUAUAGAAGCAAGCGCUGCGGGCUGACUAUAUAAAAAGUUAUAUAUAAAUGAAAUUGAGUGUUUUCGAGACGGUUUAUGGUUCAUGGUUACAGCGAGUCAGAGCGUAGCGCUAGAGCUCAUUUCGAGACGGAACGUUAAGUUGUGUGGUAACAUUUUAUUAUUGACGGGAAAAUUAGUGUUUCUCGCCUUUACAAAGAAAACAUAUAGCUUCAAAGAAAUUUCAAAUGUUCAAAUAAAGUAAACAAAUUUUGCAACGAAAAAAUUAAGAAAUAUUAGAAACAGAAAAAAAUUAUUAUAUUUGCAAACGUUAAAAAAUAUCAGGUUUAUAAUAAGGUGGAAAUAACAAAAAAUUAAAGUAACGCUGACUAAAUAAGUGAAGGAGAAGCAGCUACAGGCCAGACAAAUGAAGCUGUUCAUAUGCCGAAGAGUGCACUUUGCAUGUAUAUAUAUAUAUUUGUGUGUGUAAGUGGAAUACUAAUGUCGGUAGUGCUGCAAACGUCGCCGCAGUCAAAAAACGCUUCGGUUGUCGCAAAGUCGCUUUAGCAACGCUGCUAUCGUGUUUGAAGAGAACAAAUACAUGUGCACGCAUAUACAUACAUAAAUAAGUGUGUAGCGCCUCUCUAUAACGCCAGGGUGCUUGUGCGUUGAUAAUAAUUUUUUCGGAGUAUUUCAAAUACGGUUGUCACGUUUUUCGACGGCAGACUGCCAGCUACCUCUGACGUUUCAUUUUACUGAAUUGUGCUUAUGGUAUCUGUGUGUGUACAAAUCCAACAACAACAGCAACAUAAAUUAUAUGUAUGUUUGAGUGAAUGUUGUAACGUGCGGGUAUAAAAAAAGCAAAGUAAGCGAUAAAAGUGUACUUAAAGCAAAGUAGUGGAAAAUAAAUUGAGGAAGCAGAAAAAAGUGCAUUUAGUGCCGAUAUUAUUCAGUGUGUGUGAAGAAAGGAAUAGGAAAAAGUGAAUAAAACUAUUGCAAGCAUACAACAAAUAAUAAAAUUCAUAGCAGAUUAAAAUAAAACCUGCAAAAAGUGUUGUAAAAAAACAAUUAUAGUUAAUGAAUUAAGAAAAGUGCAUAAAUCAUGAUUUUGAUUGGUUAAGUUAAAAUGGUUAAGUUAAAAUGGUUAAAGUUAUAUACUUAAAACUACAAUUUGGAUUACAAAUGAAUAUUGUCUUCUCCAAUUUGGAUAAAUAACAUACACACAUAUAUGGAUAACGCAAUAUACGCAAUCAGCCUGAUAACGUAUUAUCUAAAUUUGUCUGUAUUCAUUACGAACAGAUUAGCGCUCUACUAGCUGCAUUGGUACUCCGUUACAAUUAGCGCACACGUUCAUCGUGUUCAUUAAAGAUUUUUGUUACGUUCUUUUGUGGGUGACAGAAAGCAACAAUGUCACCAGUGCCAGGAGCCACAUCAGUUGUGGGCACUGCUCUCGCACCACCAUCUGCAUCGCCAGCAUCCACAUUUGUUACAACAACAACUACAACCAGCGCGGCCAUCACUUCGACCUCGCCUAGCCGCGUUCCAAUGGUGUCCUCGCAACAGCAACAACAACAAGGUGCACCUUCGCAGCAAUGCCACACUGCUACUGGUGGCAAUACAGACAACAAGAAUAAGCAGCACUUUAAUAACAACAACAACAUAAAGAACAAUAACUGUAAUAACAACAUAGUUGAGCAAAAUCACAACAAAAACAAAACCAACAAGUUAACCAUGCAACACAAUGGUGGCAUGAAUUCGGCGAGCAUGGAAAGUGUGCGCCAAAUGAAGCAUCAUCAACUGCAGCAGCAGAAACAACAACAACAACAACAGCAGCAGCAGCAGCAAACGAACAAAAAUACCAACAGUGACACCAAGGCUAAAAGCAAUGACAUGCAAAAACACACAAAUACAAAUACAACGACAAAAUUGUCCUUCACCCAUGCCACCAGCACAACGAAUGCUACCGUUAAUGGCGCAACUGCCAAAAGCGUGAACAACGCGCAAUUCUCCUCGCCUGUUGGCAAUGUUGUUGGCACGUCGUUACCGUCACCGUCACCAUUGCCGUCGCCGUCGCUGUCCGCGUUGUCGCCUGCGCAAACUAAUUGCAGCACUAAAUCACCGACGACAAAGACGACUACAAUGCCACAGCCGACAUCCUCCGCCACCGCCACAGCAGCCUCGUCCCCAUCAUCAACUACGAAUCCGUUGGCCUUGUCGGCCAUCACAAGUAAUGAUGCCACUUCAACACCAGAAGCAGCUCCAGCAGUAGCAUCAGCUGAAGUGGCAGCUGCAACAAGCACAAUAAAUGCGAAGACAAUAAUAAAAUCGGCUAUUAAUCAAAAUGGUGUGGAAAUAAAGGAGGAAUGCGAUCCACAACAAGUGAUCGUCAAGGUGGAGGAAACAACACCGAACACAACAACAAUUGCGAAAAUCACUACAACUACUGUUAAUCAAGUACCAACGCCCCCUACCCUGACAACAAAUCAAAAGGACACUGCGUCUGCGGCGCCGGCGGAAGCCAAAAAGAAAAAAUCUGAUCCACUCGUUACCGCCGACGAUGCGUCUGCGGAUAAUCUGAUUGUGGAUAAGCCGCGUAAAGUACUGCUGAGCGUCAUGAAUCCGCAUAUAAUUUGUCACUUGUGUAAUGGUUAUCUCAUCGAUGCCACAACCAUUGUCGAGUGUUUGCAUUCGUUCUGCCACAGUUGCCUAAUCAAACAUUUGCGGACUGAACAGUACUGCCCACGCUGUGAAAUGAUGAUAAACACGGCGAAGCCAAAUAUAAAGCCCGACACAACGUUGCAAGCCAUCGUCUAUAAACUUGUACCGGGACUCUAUGAACGAGAACUGAUGCGCAAACGCGCCUUUUACAAGGAUCGGCCGACCGAAGCCGCUAUGGCUACACCUGAGCAACGUGGCGAAGACACCGAACACCUUAUCUUCAGUCCCUCGGACUGUAUGUCCUUGUCGUUGGAGUUCGCGGACACAGAUGAACUUGUGCGUCGGAAUAGCGAUUACGGUGAAUUGUUGAAGCCACGUUACCUGCAAUGUCCCGCAAUGUGCACUGUUGGACACUUGAAGAAGUUCGUACAUGGGAAAUUCGAUAUCGAUACGCAGCGUUUCAACAUUGACAUAAUGUACAAGGUGAAGACGAUAGUGCUGCUCGAUCACUACACGCUCAUGGAUGUUGCUUACAUUUACACAUGGAAACGUGAUGCGCCAAUGCGUUUCUAUUUUCGUGUAAAACGAUCUUUACGUCCAAUUGUCAAGGCACGUAAACCAGCAGCCAUAAUGCCUGUAGCAAUACCAGUACCGUUAGAAAUUAAGGAUGAGGUUGUAGAUGCCGCAACAGCAUUGAAGCCACCGAAAAUUCCCGGUAACGAAAUUACACAAACCAUUUCACCCGUACCAGAUGCCAUGAUAACAAUUCCGAAACCAGUUGCAUCGGCCUUAACAACUAACGAGCAACUGAUUAUGACGCCGGAACAUAUUAAAGAAGAGAAAGUUGAAGAAGCUGAAGAAUCGAAAGCUAAACCGAGUGUUGAAGCAGUCGUGAAACCGGCAAAGCCAGCCAAAGUUUCAAAAGCUUCCGCCGUCAGCUCAAGUACAGAAAGCAAACGCUCACACUCCAACUCUUCGGCUGAGCGUAAAGCCGAGAAAGCGCUAAAUGCGCAUAACUCACCGAAGUCGUCCAAAGAGAAACGGGAUGCUAAGGAGGCUUUAAAGCAAGCCGCCGAACAACCACGUGAUGAACGUAAAGUCGAAAAUAUUAAGUUAAAAAUUGAUUUAUCGAAGCAUAAUAGUGUGACAAUUAUAAAUAUGUCCGAUCCGCAACGUCGUGAGAUUACUAAGUCUGUGCGCCCUGAAAAGGAGUGGAAACAGAAAAAUAAACGCGAUAAAGAGUCCAGUCCCAAGAAUUCACAGCACAGUGAACGCAAAACUAAGACACCCAGUCCGCUAACGGUACCGCCACUAACUAUAAAAGCCGAACAAAUUAGUCCACAGACAAAAAUAAGUCCAUUAGCGAAAAGUGCACCGAAACCAACUGAAAAGUCGCCUGUAUCUGCCUCAUCCAUUGAGGAGGAACAAAAGUCACAGUUCCUCAAGUCAUUUUCGUUGACGCCGAUCAAAGCUGUCAAAAACGAAGCACAUGAAAAAUCUCCGAAAUCCCCAAAAAGCAUUAGCUCUUCGGCGUUUACCCAUAAGGUGGUUGUUAAGUCACCAACCAGUGGAGCGCGCGAUUCGCUAAAGACGACAAUCAGCACCGUUUUUAAGGGACCCACCGUACCGUCUAAGCGCAAAAUUAAGGAACCUGUUAAGAAUGUGGCCAAGAAGCCGAAAUUGUCGCCGCCACUACCGGCUGAAGAUUUCAAAAUUAAAUUGCCGCCAAGUCCGAUUGCAAACACAGCCAAACCGAAUUCAUCUCCUAUCACUAAGCCGACUACUCCAGCGAAUGAAAAACCCCUUAUGCCACCGCCACCAAGAAGCACCAACAGCACUCCGUCUACCACAAGUUAUGCAGCUGUCACCAUAGCAACAACAACAACUAAUUCAAAAACUAGCCAAGUCAGUUCAACAACGGGCAGCCAAGCAAUUAUGCGACCACCAAUUGGUCUGCCGCCGAAAAAAGUUUCUGGAAAAAUUAGUGUUUCCGCAGCGCAUAAAAUUAAUUCUCUACCUCUACCACAGUCUGUGGCCCGCAUUGAGAUGGCUGCGCCUGGUAAUCGCACACCAAUUGCGAAACGUUACCAACCUAUUCUGCCGAAGUCGACGCGUCCUAAUCCGUUCGCUAACAUACCAAGUGACGUCAAUAAGUUGCUAAAGGACGCCGGUACUGAAAUUAAAUCAAUCGCCAGUAAUACAAAAUCAUCCGGGAAAGUGUACGGCCCAAAGACCACCACAAGUGGCACAACUAUCACCGCCGAUAAUAGUCUGAUGGGACCACCACCUGCGCCAAUAACCAAACCACAGUCUCAGAGUGUGAAUCAGCAGCGUCAUGGUAUUGCGAGCAGUGCCAAUAAAUUGGGCGCAAAGAAUGGCAAAACCAGUAAUUCGAAUAAUUAUCUGAACCUGGCGCUUUUUAAUGCUUCAAAAUCAAAAGGGAAUGAGGCUCCGCCCGGUUGUCGUACCCCUAUGUACACGCCAAGCUCGCCAAUAUACUCUCCCAGCUCUCCGCAGUAUAUGCCGAACUAUAACAUACCCACAGUACCAACUUACAAGUAUACACCGCGUCCAUCUGGCGGCAGUGGUAGUUUCUUGCAAAGUAUAUUAGGUGGUGCGAACAAUCAAAUGGCCGGACUUUUUCCAGCGCCACCCACUAUGAAAGAUAAUACCAACACUGGCACCACAAACGGUAAUAGCUCGCCCUCUCACAAUGUUAAUUACAAACCAAUGGAUAUUGGCAGCGGUCUACAAGGGACACCCAAACGAGUGUAUCCAUUCGCGCGCAGUCCCAGUCCAGAAGAUCCACCAGAGAAGCAAUUGAAAGUGAAAUCGUUACUCACUUCCUGUAACAUAAACAUUCCCUCAUCGCUCUCGAUUACCAUCACACGGGAAGAUAGCGAGUCGCAGACAAAUAAUGCUUCGCAUCCAAAACAUAAGAGCCCUGUGAAUAACUACAUUGAGAUCCUAAAGUUGCCCGAUCAAUCCAGUGAGACUUUGGAACAGAGCAAACGUGCUUCGCCACCGGCGCAGAAGUUACCAGCAACUCCGCACGCCUCGUCGCUAAAGUUGCUUAUGCCACCGUCGACGAAUGCAAAUACCACAAGCUCCCCUGGGAAACGUGACAACUCAGAAGGAAAAUCUACAAACUAUGGCAACACAACUUUAUCGCAAAUUACACAAAAAUCGCAAAGCAAUGCGUCAAAAUCAUCAUACAACAACAACACAUCGAAUAACGCGAAUAAAACACAAGCUGCCACCCAGAAUUCCACAGCAAAGUCAGCACAAUCGAAUUCUGCCCCAAGUCAGAUGAACCAAAAACACGCAAGUGACAACAACCAUCAAAAGUCCAAUAUGAAGGUGAUGGAGCCUCUGAAGUCACCACAAGCGGAGCAACAAAAAUCGGGCGCAGAGAAGAAAUCGCCCGUGCACAGCCCCGAGAAAAACAACGCGUCACCAAAUGGCAAGAAUCCACACAAGUCGCCAAACAGCUCCACCGCUGUCGAUGCGAGCAAAAAGUUCCGCCCAAUUUUGCCGCGACAAAAUCCUGCAUCUGCCAUACCUGAAAUUGUACCGCCGAAGGUAACGACUGGUAACAUUAUAGGCACUUAUUCGGCGCCAAGCGGUGUAGCGGUGAAAGUUCAUGCUGCUAAGAAGGUAUCGCCGCCUAAAAAAUCACCAGGUGCACAACAGCAACAACAACAGCCACAACCGCAAGCGGCACAUCAACAGCCUAAAAACGGACAAUCUCCAAACGCGUUAAGCGCCGCAAAACCCAACAUACCACAGUCCAACAAAUCCCCUGCACCUGCUCACCAGUCGUCAGCUAAGUUGUCAACAAACGCCAAGUCUGAUACGACGCCAGCAACUAUGGCGUCGCCGAACGCCAGCACCAACGCUAACAAGCUCGUACAUUCACCACACCCCAGCAUGCCCCCAGCCAUGCCAACAUUGCCAAGUCUACCAGCCAUGCCCAAUAUGCCGCCCACUGCGCUUCAAGUUGCCGCCAUGGCCGCUAGCUUACCCGGCAUGCCUACGCACUUGGGCGGCGUCUCCGCUGCCGACUUCAGCAAACUUUUCAAGGAUAAUCUGUUGCGCGCACAGGUGCAAGCGGCUGCGGCCGCCGCACAGCCCGGUGGCAUGUUCUAUCCAUACGCAAACGCGCAACAAUUGAGUCAUCACUACAGCUAUCAGCAGGCCUUCAUGCUGGAGCAAUUCACGCGCAUGCAGCGCGCCGAGGCAUUGAGCGAGUUUAUGCAAAAGUUUAAAAACAAUCCAGCCGAUAAGCUGUUAGAUAAUAGUGCUGGUAGCGUAGGCGGCAGCAAAGCGCUGGCUGUACCAGGUCCGAAAGCGUCACCCGUUGCGUCAACUAGCAGCAGCGCAACCACCAAGUCCAACGCGGGCAACACCAACACUACGACUACCGUUGUCAACAGCAACAGCAACAACAGCAGCAACGGUGGCGCAAACGUGGCGAAGGCCAAAUGAAAAUGAGUGUGCGGAAGGAGGUGGAGAUGCACUUGGAGAUGAAUGAACUUUUCCAAACAGCGCUUAUGGAAUUUAAUUCCCGCUGUGUGCGCGUGUGCGUUUGGCGGUUAGCCUAAUCAAUAAAAGAAAACAUUUCAAAUGAAAUAGACUUAGGUGUACGAGUACAUACACAGUACAUUAGUGUGUAUGUAUGUAUAUACAUACAAACAUAUAUCUUCGUUUAAUUAUAGUUUAGUAAUACUUUAAUUAAGCAGUAAGUUGAAAACUGUUUCUUGUUUAAAUUGGUUCUUGUUUUUGUUAUCCACUAUAUGGUAUAUUUGCUUAUUUAUUAUUAUUAAAUGCUAAAAUAAAACACUAGCUUCAAAAAGUAUUCGUCCACGAAUAUUGCGACAAAAUGUACACACACAUACUUACACGCAAUCUGUAUGUGAACAGUGUAGGCGUAAGCAGGGAAAUGUACAUAAAUAAAAUAAUUAUACGUAUGUAUGUGUGUAGUUUUACCCACCCUUAAACAACUUAUAAAUACAAGUAUAUCUGCGCCCCGUCCCUGACUGAAUUUUGUGAAACACAGUAAAUUGUAUUUUAUAUAAAAAUAAACAAAUCCCAUUUUUAGAAUUACAAUGAAAUAGAAAUAUGUAAGGCUAUGUAUAUAUGUAUGUUAAAAACUAAAUUUAACAACAAAAUUUAAAUGUAAAAAGAAUUAAUAUUUUCGUAAAAUUACGAAUAAUUAAGUGAUUUCAAUAAAAUAAUUGAAUUAUAUAUAAAAAUAAAAAA